AUGCGGUUCUUCACAUCAAGCGUGUUGGCGGCCAGUCUGCUGGCAUUGUCAUGGCCCAGACAAGUCUCCUCCGCAGCGGCGCUAUCUCCAUUCACGCAGGACUUGUUCGAUGAGUCUAUGGAUUUCUUGGACAAGAUUUACGAUCCAGCAGCAGGCUACCUCUAUUUCUUCUACUAUCCCUUGGCGGCUGGAAAACAUGAGACUCGCUCAUCGGUUUGGUAUGCAACUGGUUUGUUACAACGCAACGAGGGUGACGAUGUGAAGGAGGCUGUGAAGAUCAUCAAGAACGUCAUCGGAGACCAAAAGAAGAUUCCGGGAGAGCAGUGGUUCGGAGACUACACUGUCUAUCCUGAAGAGCCCACCGUUGGCACCGCGGCGUAUCCUAAGAACAUCUUCAACUCAUGGGACCCGAACUGGCGAGGCUUCAUCGGCACCAACCUCAUCGUCAUCUACGAGGAAUUCAAAGACCUUCUCCCAACAGACGUCCAGGACCUGAUCCUCGAGAGCAUGUACAACAACACCAUCGGCGACAGCUACCGCGUGGGCGGCGUCGACGACGACGUCCUCUACCCAGCCUACAGCAACCCAGCCCUCAUGCGCGCCGUCGCGACCGGCUGGACAGGCCGCAUGCUCAACGAGUCCAACAUGACAGCAGCCGGCGAGCUCUACGCCCAGGAAAUCCUCGACCUCUUCGACCUCAACUCCACCCUCUCCGAGUUCAACAGCCCGACCUACGCCGGCGUGAGCCUCUACGCCCUCACGCUGUGGGCCAAGUACAUGCCGCCGGACUCUUCCGUGAUGGGCCGGCACGGGGCCCGGAUGAUCAAGGCCGUCUGGGACACGAUCGGCGACGUGUACAACGCCAACCUCCGCAACGUCGCGGGGCCCUGGGACAGGACCUACGGCUUCGACAUGAACCAGUACGUCGCCAUCCUCAAUAUCUACAUCUGGUCCCUCGUCGGCAAGGAGAAGGCCCCCGGGAUCGCCCAGACCUGGAGCAUGGCGCACGCCGACGACUUCGAGUACGCGCCGCUCAUCGCCGUCCUCGCGCCCUUCCACGACGCGCUCGUGUCCGAGGAGGUCUUGGCGAAGUUGACGACGUUUCCCGGUGAACAUAUGUACGAGACGGCGGCUUUCUCGCCGCCGCAUGAUGCCGCGCCGAGGAACGUUACAGUGUGGCUUUCAGCCAACUUGACCAUCGGGGCGGAGUCGUACGACGAGGAUACUCUGGGUGGUCCGCGACAGGAUUCUCUUCAGUGGUCCCCCGCCGUGGUGCAGUGGGCUAGAAGUGAUGGGAGCGUUGGGUACAUCGUACAGCACGGCACCGAGGAGGCCAUGGACGUCGAUGUAAGUCCCGGGCGCCUCGGCUUAUCGUACCCUCGCGGGAAUUCGAGCAGCGUCUUCACGUUCAUUGUGAGCUCUAAUCCCAUCGGGGGAAAGAGGGAUAUCUCUGGCGUGGCAGACAUCGAGGGCCUCAAUAUUACUGUUGGCGGCUCCGUCGAUUUGGAGCCCGAAGUCAGCUUCUGCGGCCUCGUCGGCGGAACUUGUUCAGUUAUUCACGGUUUCGAAUUCUGGAACAUCACCUACGUGAUGCCUUCGAAUACCACCGCAAGCCCAAGCAUAACCUUCGAGAUUGAGUAA